CUGCUUAAUAAGGGACAACAGUUCAUCAAUCUCCUCGAUAACAAACGAUUUACCAUUUCGUCCCGAAUUUCCUAGACGAUGACACGAUUCUGUCCUCGUACACCGCAAAUAUUGCACAGCCCGGGAUUACGGCGAUGCAUAUCCAUAUGGAUCAGAUCACCAUCCAGCCGCCAAUUCGAGGCGUGGCUGUCGGGAUGAACUUGACGUACUUCCUCGAAGACGUAUUUCCUCGAAGAUCCUCAGACGAUCCCUACGACUCGGUCGACACAGUUGUCGCUGCUAGAUCGGUGGGAACGUGCAUGGUUUUUGAGACGAUGUUAUGACAUGUGACAGGGGCUAAUGAGGUUACAGUAUCCGAGAGCCCUGCAAUUUUGGUAUUCUUUGUGAGAAAAUGGAUGAGGUAGCAGGAGAACUUCUCGUUGAGCUUAAAGGAUGAAGUCUAUGAGAGUUGAAGCGAUAGGGUAAGCUGCUAUCUCGGAUUAGGACGACAGGGAGUACUGGCGGGGUAUAGCCCAAAAGUAAGAACGGGGCUAUUGUAAAGCGACGCGAGAAGGUGAGUUUAUCGGCAUGAUGGGAAUAGAGAGUCGUCGUUUGUAUGACUGAAAAUGGAACCGUGUAACUAGCCAGAAAUCGCUGGGUAUAUGUAAAUUCCUAUUAAUGGUUCGUACACUCAUGUACAAUAGGAGGAUAUGAUCCAAUGCCGAGUUGUCUCGAGAAGCCAUUCCUAAAAUCUCAGAAUCUAAGUCGACGGCAUACUGGAGUCAUACAAGUCAUUCGCG